CAUUACUCAUUAGUUGACUUUCUAAAUAAUCUAUCACCUCCCCUAAAUAACCAACCAUACGUUACUACAUUAUUUUUCUCCUCAACCUUUCUUCCAUGGCUUCAUCUUUAAAGUUGAACAUAGUAGUAAUCCUUCCCUUUUCUCCUCACUCGAAAUCUCAACGUUAAAGUUGAUCAAUCCCUACUACAAAAACACCCUACAGAAAAAGCAUACAAAUUACACAAAAUAACAAAUUAAAUGAACACGGCGGGUUCUAGUCCAACCACCGUACGCGACGCCGUGACAACCAACACAGAAUUCACCGGACACAACAACGACUCCGUAGGCGGGUUUACCUACGGCUUAGGAGUAUCAAUAGGCAUCCUUGUACUAAUCACAACCAUCACCCUCGCUUCCUACUUUUGCACCCGCGAUGAAGGCGGAGCCACCGCCACCGGUCAAGAGGCGGCGGCGGCGCAACAAGGUGGAGAAAGACAAGGCGAUCAUUGCGUGAUAGAAGUGGAAGGGAUCGACGAAGAUACGCUCAAGGCAUACCCAAAGUGUACAUACUCACAACUAGAGAGUAGUAUUAGCAAGAAUAAGAAAGGAUCAACAACUACAACAACAGUGAAUUGUUGUUCAAUAUGUUUAGCAGAUUAUAAAGGGAAAGAUAUGUUAAGACAAUUGACAGAAUGUGGGCAUGUAUUUCAUCUAAAAUGUGUUGAUCCAUGGCUUAGAAUUCAUCCAACUUGUCCUGUUUGUAGGACUUCUCCUUUGCCUACCCCUCAGUCAACGCCUCUUGCUCAGGUUGCUCCUCUUGCUUCCACCAGAAUUGCCUAAUUUUAUUUUUAUUAAUUAAUUAAAUAUUAAUAGUUUUUUUUUUUUGCUGUUUAUAAGUGAUUUUUAUAAAAUUAUAAGCCAUUGUUUUCCGGGCUCUGACAAUUUACAGAGCAAGGAAAUUAGUUUUAGUUUUGGUGGUAAAUGAAGGUUGUUUAAUUUGCAAUAUAGUUGACCUUUUUUUUUAAGAAACACAUUUUCUGGCCAGAUUAUACUUGAAAAGUUGUAUAAAAUUAUAAAUGAUUACAUUUUCCUUUGAAGUUACUAGAAUGAUGUUCACCUUGUGGAUAUGAACUUUGUACGGGUAUGUAGCGGCGGUUCUAUGUUAUGGCGUGGGUAAGUCCGUUUUUGCAGGGUGGAAAUUUUAAGUAAACUGUUUUGAAGGCUCAUAAACUUUGUCAAAUACAGGAGUUUAGUCCCUUAAUUUUGAAAAUGAGCAAUUUAAGGGUGCGUUCUAUUCACAUGAUUUUCACUUAUUUUUUCUGAACUUAAUAAAACUUAUUUUAGUUAUAAAUUAUAUUUGGUCAACCUUUAUUUUUCCUGAACUUAUCUUAUCUGUACUUAUUUGAACUUAUUUUUCCUGAAAUAAGUGGAAAUAAGGUGAAAAAAAUGGUUUUAGUCCCUCAACUUUGAAAAGGAGUAGUUUAGUCCCUCAAAAUUGAUGAAAUAUGCUGCAUUUUGCCUUCUGCCACUAAUGUCUGUUUAAAAGCAUUAAAAAUAAAGGCAAAUUAAAAUAAAAGUCAAAAAAUAGUUACUUUUACUGGUAAAAAUUUUUAAAAUAAAGGAAAAAUUGAUAUUUACUAAAAAAAAAAAAGCCGUUAGAGCUCUCAAAAAACAGAGUAUUUAACAGUCCAUGUACACAUAAAUAAUUAAACACUUCCAAAAAAAAAGUCCUUCUUCUCCAUCACCAUCUCCGUGUUCCUUCUCUGUUGCUUCACCAUAGCUGACUCUUCUCCAGUAAAAAGGUAAUUUUCUGCCAUUUUUGUAAAUCCAUUUAAGUUUGCUUAUUUUAACAAUACUUAAACAUACCUAGGAAUAACUAAUUAAAACAGUAAUGGAUUUGCAGUAUGAUGAACAGGGCUAUGUCUUUGUUCACCAGUGGUGAUAAUUCACACCCAGAGAGGUAUUAUUGUGGAUUGACUGGUGAACAAAGACAUAGCCUGUUCAUCAUACUGCAAAUCAAUUAUUGUUUUAGAUGGAUUGGUGAACAAGAACUCACUGCUUGGCAAACAAAUGUUAUAUUAGGGUUAAUGCAAGAGAUACGACUUUAGCCUGUCAAAUUUUGGCGUCGUUGCCGGAGAAACGGUUUAAUUUUCUGCUAUUAAUUUUGUGGUCUAGAUUAUUUUGUUAACUCUCGGAGAACUUCCAGUUCUUUGAGACCAUGUAUAUAUUUUCUUUUCUUUAGUCUUUUCGUUGAAAAAAAUGGAUUAUUAUUCUUUCCCUCAAUUUGUAAAUGAGCCAUUUUGGGUGUAUUUCGAUAGAUUAAAUGAUUUUAUUGGUUACCACAAUCUUAAUCUUUGGGAUUCUUGUGGUUUUGCUUACGGUGGUUUAAAUGAGUAUACAAGGAACGUGAUAGAAAGUAGAUUUAAUGGUGAUUUUCAAGCCUUGUCUUUGGAUGAUAUGUGGGAUUACUAUAUGUGGUUUGCAAGGGAUUCGUAUGAGCGUGAAAUGGUCAUUCAUGUUCCAUGUGCUAAUCCAAAUUAUGAGCAUAAUCUACAUGUUUCUACCCCUUCUCCCUUGAAUUCUUGUUAUAAUGAGGUGCAUUUUAAUGUUUAUGAUAAUCAUACCUAUUCUAAUGACUUAUCUAACCCUUGCAUGGAUAUAAAUGUUUUGCCUCAUGAUUCCACCGUUGCUUCUCCUGUGUAUUAUUGUGAACCCUUGCCCAAUCCUGUUCAACCCGAAUCAGAAAGCAGAGAUAGCUUCUUAGAGGAAUUAAGAAGAUUAAACUCUAAGAUUUAGAUUCAGUGUACUAGAUCUCAAGAGGCUACUAAUGAGAUUGUUAAAGCUAGUAAGGAUGCUCUUGGGAGAUUUAGAAAAGUUGAAGAAAUUAUCAAAAAUAAUGAUUUGAGUUGUGUUGGGGAUGAGGGUCAAUUGCGUGAACCCAUAGGUAACCAAGAGAGUGAGGAACCUAUAGCGGAGGUUGAGGAUGAGUUGGAAGAUGAUGUUGUCACUGUUGGAUCAAUGGAUGAAGGAUUUAUUAAAGCUGAAAAGCCAUAUGUUAUAGAGCAACUCCAUGAGGAAGUUGAAGUUGAUAAAACCCUUGUUGUUGAGUCAACCCUUACCCCUCAUAUUCCAAGUCCAAGAAGGGUUAAUCUUAGCCCUGUUUGCACCGUCUCACUCCCCUUCUCUUUACCCAUAAAACCUUUGCUUGAAAACCUUCCUCCUCCCCCCGAAAAUCAAAAUCCUAAUGACCCAAUAGAGUCUGUUCCUCUUUGUGAAUCUUUUGCAGGUACUUGCAGUACUUACAAAAAAGAGGUGGAUGCUUUGCAGAGAGCUCUAUAUGGUGAAGAGAAUUUCCACCAUGAAUGCCAAAACACAGAGAGGGCUAUUUCAUUGAUCAUUGAAGUUGAAGAAUCAAUAGUCCGCAAAAACAACUUCCAUAAGGAGAGCAUCCCACUCCUUACUGGCGUAGAGUUCGUUGGGAUUUUAUGCAAAUGUUGUUGUUGAUUAUCGUGCAUGUCUUGUUGCACGAAAGAUGUGCGAGUGCGCAUGACAAGCUUUUGCGCUCGUUGGUUAGUUAUUUACUAACCAAUCUCUUUGCGGGAGGCACAUAAGAGUUGGAGCCAGAGGGAUUCAACGAAGAUUGAGUCCCUCGUUCUCCACUCCUUUAAGCACUGAGGACAUUGCUGAGUUCGGCUUGGGGGAGGUAUGUGAUAUUGCUUUCUAAAGUAGUUUAUCGCUUUUCAAAAAAAAAAAAAACCAAAAAUACGUUUCUAUGAAUACAAAAACCAUGCUUCUCUGUGCCCCUUGAUUGGAAACUGUUUUGAUUCUUGGUUUUUGAUGACGAGCAUUAUUGAUUUGUUAACCAUGAUUUGAGAUUCGACUAUUUUGAUGCCUUAACAUGAGUCAACCUUGACUAACUGUUUGUGGACUUGGUGUUGGGUUUGUUGAUUUGGUUAGGGAUGUGUGUUAGCUUCCUGGUAUGUUAUUGAUUUUGAGUAUUGGUUUGCAACUGUUAGUAAUGUUUUAUGGCUCACAUGCAUGCACAUUGAGGAGGAUGAAGGCAUUUCUUCUUUUAGGUAGCCUUUAGACGAUCUUAGAUACAUUUGUUCCCUUCGCUCUACCCAUGUUGUUUCCUGUGCCCUUUUAUUCGGUAACUAACCAAAUUAUAAGGCCAUUAAGCCCCAUUGAUUACUAGUCCCAAGCUUGGCUUGGGGUAGCUAUUAGUGAGUGAGGUGAGGGAGUUGUAGUGUGCUUCAUUUGAGCACAAUUUGGGUAUUGGAAAAAAAAAAAGGGUUCUUCGUACUUUUAUGUGGUGAUCAGAAAAAAAAUAUAUGAUGAGAAAAAGAUAAGAAGAAUUGAGAAUGUGAAGGAUCCCAAAAGGGAGAAAAAGAAAGAAAAAUGAAAAAAAAGAAAAGAAAUUGAGCUAAAAGAGAAAAAAAUUCAUUGCUUUCGGAAAAAUUCAAAGCAUUAAUUUCACUCAAGUAUUGCAAUUUCAUAUUCUUAUGAGUGAUCGGUUGUAGAGAUGAAAAAGGCGAAAAAGUAUUAUGUGGUUUAUUUGUUGCAUUCUCAUGUGUUGAGUGGGAGAGUUGUGGUCAUUGUUUAUUUUUUAUCAUGGGAUUUACUAGGAUUUUGGCUCCCCAAAGCUAAUGCUUUAAGCUCACAUUCUAUCCAAAUUUACCGCACCCUUACCUAAGCCUAACAUUACAAGCUUUGAAGACCUUCCGACCUUUGUGCAUAGAGUCAUAUUAAUGUGAAAGCAGUUGUUUAUCAAUGCAAGUUAUGACAUGACAUAUUACGAGUUGACUGCUAGGUUGAGUGCAUGUUCUUUUAAACACAGGACCGUUGUGAGUUUGGGAGCGCAUUGUUCACAUACAUUAUUGGGAGGAGAUCGAAUGGGUACAUCUUUUACCCGCCACAUAAAUGAGUGAAGAGUGUGUGAGCACUAGUCUUGAAUUCCAUUGUGCACUUGUGGUUCGCUAUGCGUGACGAUUGUUAUGGAUGAUUUGUGGUCGAAUGGACUUGAUUGGUUGGCAUUGAUGCAUACUUGUUGGAUUUUACCUUGAAUCGUAUCCAUUGCUUUAAGUUGUGUUUGGGGUUAAGUUGAUUUAUGUAUUCAUCGAUGAUUUUUUUGCUUAGGGACAAGCAAAGAUCUAGCUUGGGGAGGUUGAUAUGUUCAUAUUUUAUAGUGUUUUUACCCCCGUCCCUUAGUACUUUUUGAUCUCAAAUGAGCUCUUAAGAGCGAUUUUUAGUACUAAUGUGCUCCUUGUAGUGUGUUUGUAGUUUCAGGUUCAUCAUUGUAGGAAUUAGCAUAUUUGUGUGCGUUUCCUACUCAUUUGAAUCAAUACGUACUUUCGAGAGCGCAAACAUUGAGUUGGAAGAGCUUUCAAGCAAAGCGAAUAGUGAAAGAAGUAGAAAGCCGACACUCGUCUAUUCUUUUGAUCAUAACUAAAGUUCUAAAACUCCAAAUGCAGUGAUUUUAAUUGGGUUAGAUUCUAAAUUUCAAGAUCUUUCCAACAAAUGGUCAUUUUCCUAAUUUCGAUAAAUAGCGAAGGAGUUAUAAUGUUUUGAAGAUAGAGUCUUUGUGCAGUUUUGCACCGAAAACCGGUCGGGUACGAGUGCAUCAGGGUAUUUGGACAAAAUUCCGCCCAGCAGGUUGCACCGAAAACCGACCGGUUUUCAGAACCCGACUAGUGUUCGGUGCUUUUCCCUCUUUUAGUCGGUUUCGUCCUUAUAUUUUUGGGGGAGCCUAUAUAUAUUAAACUUAGUUUUUCUUAGAGACGAGCUUUAAUUCCGUAUCUUAUUUUCCUAGUUCUAAACACUUAGUUUUAUUUUAGCACUUGUUUUCUUAUUCUCUUAACAUCCUUAUCAAACACUUAGUUUAUUUUAAUCAAAGUUACAAGCUUUAAUUA